AUGAGGACGGUGUCAGCGAUAGCUUCACCUUUGAGGCGGAGUGCACCAGUUGCAGUUCGGCAGCCUUCGCGAAGAUGCUUCUCCAGGACACACAAUAUCCAGGCAAACUGGGGCUUCAUUGGUCUGGGGCGUAUGGGCUUUGCCAUGGCUAAGAACCUGAGAGCGAAGAUUCCCGCUGAAGAUACACUGUUUGUCCAAGAUGUCAACACAGCCGCGUCUAAGAAGUUCCUUGAGGAGAACCCUACAGGAGUUCGUGUCGCGGACAAUGUUCGAGAAGUUGCCGAGAAAGCAGAAACAAUCAUAACGUGUCUGCCGGAACCGCAACAUGUCGCAGGCGUCUAUAAACAGAUGCUCGAGCCACCCACACUCCUCACAGAUGGCUUCACCAGCAAGCAACGCCUGUUUAUUGACACUUCAACUAUCGACCCUAUGACCUCUGGUCAGGUAGCUGACGCCGCGCACUCCUCUGCCCAGGGUAGGUUCAUUGACGCUCCGAUGUCUGGCGGUGUUGUCGGUGCCCAAGCGGGCACUUUGACAUUCAUGAUUGGCGCUGCUCCCGACGUGGUUGAGCGUGCAACCGCUGUCCUUUCUCUGAUGGGUCGACGCGUCCUGCACCUUGGGGAACAAGGCGCCGGUCUCAAAGGCAAGCUUGCAAACAACUACCUUCUCGCCCUCAACAACGUUGCCACCGCUGAAGCCAUGAACAUGGGCAUUCAGUGGGGUUUGGACCCUAAGGCUUUAGCUGGUAUGAUCAACAUCAGCACAGGAAAGUGUUGGCCUAGCGAGGUCAACAACCCCGUUCCUGGUGUAAUUGAGGGUUCGCCGGCUAGUAGAGGUUAUGAGGGCGGCUUUGGAGUUGCGUUAGCCAACAAGGAUUUGAAGCUGGCUUUGAAGGCGGCGAAGGAGGCAAACAUCAAGCUGGUGCUUGGGGAUAUGGCGAAGACAUUGUACGACGAAGUUGAGAAGUCGGAGAACUGCAAAGGACGGGAUUUUUCGGUCGUCUAUAGGUAUCUGGGCGGGAAAGAGUAA